UUUUUUUCGGUUAGUUUCUUGAUUCUAGUCCGAAAAACGAACUAGUUUGAACACUGGUUAGAAAAGCAUUACGCCGUUAUUCGACGUCUGCACUCAUGUCGGGCAGGAGUAACGGCGUGGAGUGGGUUGAGACAACCGAGGAAGUGGUUGUAACAGAGGAGUGCCUACCAUCUGAUAACAGCACAACAGUGAUAUCGGUUUUAGAGCCAGCAGAAACACCAAUCCAGGAGUUACUGGACACUGUGGGGAAGGGAGAAAACCCAGAGGCUGAUGAUGGAUUUUAUUGUGAGGAGUGUGUGACUCUCUUCCAGGACCAGAGUGAUCCUGCUAACAUUAAUGGCCCAUCUUUUAUUCUUGACUUUCCAACGAGCAUGGGUGUCCCUCAGAGGGCCCUCCUCACUCUUCCUUUUGGUUUGAUGAUAGGCAGAUCUAGUAUUCCCAAGGCAGGGAUUGGGGUCUUAAAUCAUGGACCAAUAGUGGCUCCAGGAAUGCAUUUUGGACCCUUUGAGGGGGAAGUGACAACAAGCGAAAAUGCCUUGGCAAGUGACUUCUCCUGGGAGAUUUACAAAGGCAAACAUGAGUAUGAGUACAUUGAUGCUGCCAGAGAAUCACACUCAAACUGGAUGAGGUACGUCAACUGUGCUCGUAAUAAAGACGAGACAAAUUUGCUUGCAGUCCAGUACAAAGGCAGCAUCCUUUUCCACUGCUGUCGCACCAUACAACCUGGAGAUGAGCUCAUGGUGUGGCCCAGCAGUAAGCUUCUCACCAAUUUUAGUGAAGCUUGGACCCAGAUGUGGUUUAUGAAGUCAAAUUCAGCAGAGAGCAACACCGCUGCAGCAUCUCAGAUCUUCCUGUGCUCCCACUGUAAUUUUUCCUUCACUACCGAGGCCUUUCUCCAGAGACAUACAGAAAUCUUCCACACACAGCCUACAGGGGACUGUACCACACCUACUGCUGAAGCAGCUGAACCGGAAAAUCCCACUUCCAGUGCUGACUCAGGUCCCCCUGGAGCAUCCCUGGUGGUACUACCUGUUGAUACCGAUGAGUCCAAAACAUGUGGUGAUUGCGGGAAGAUUUUCAAGCAAAUACCUCACCUCAGGAGGCACAAACUUUGUGUCCACUCAAACAAGCGCCCCUACUGCUGCCCACAGUGCAGACGAACCUUUAGCCAGGCAUCUGGCCUAAUCAGACACCAGUUAGUUCACAGAAAGCAGCCUGUGCUAAAAGUUCCUAAUGAAAAGAAAAUUUGCAGUGAGAAGAAAGAGAGCUUGACACAGGGGUCAGAACUUUUUAAAACUGCAGAUUCAGCUGUAACUGAUGAAGCAAAGGAAAUGAAUGUAAGUGAGAAUCUACAAGACGCUAUGGAUGUAACUGAAACUGAGAAUACUUCUGCAGGAGAAGCAGAAACCCAGUCCAGUUGCACAGAUUGUGGAAAGAGCUUCACAAAUGAAGCCUCCCUCAAAAAGCAUAAAAUGACUGUCCAUGAGAGGUUACGUCCAUAUGUGUGCACUGUGUGUCAGAAGUGCUUUGGCCAGUACAAUGACCUGACCAGGCACCUGCGGCGUCACCAAAACGAAAAUAAAAAGCAAGAAAAAGCAAAUCAGGCCCCAGAGGAACCAAACGCCAUGCCCUUUGGCUGCGCUGAGUGUUCACGGACUUUUUCUUCAGUGGAUACCCUUCAGCAGCACAUUAGCCAGCAUCACUCAGAGGAUGAUGAUCCAGUGCCUGCUGAUGAUGAUCAAAGCCAUGAUCCUGACUUCAAUCCACAAUCCUCAGUGGCUGAAACUGUUGGAGCGAUCCAGGAACUUCCGUCUCAGAGGCCUCAGCGACUUGGAGCUAGAUCUAGAAUUUCUGCCAUAACCAAGCUCAUAGCUCCAAAACGAAGGGCAGACAUGUGCAAGAAGCCAUUAAGCAGCACAGGGCCAGAGGCACCUGCUGUCAGGACCGGAAAGGUAACAAAAUACAAAUGGUUCAGCUGUAACUGUUGUAAACGAACAUAUGGAAACCCAGACGAUCUCAAAGCACAUAAGUGUACUCUGAGACAGCACAAGUGUGGUCAGUGUGGGGCAACCUUUACUAAGUCUGGUUUCCUAAAAAGACACGAGCAGACGGUGCACGGAAAUGCAAAAUCUUACAGCUGUGAGCGCUGUGAGAAAGUCUUCACUACAUCUGGUAACCUCAAACAACAUCAGAAGAGCAAGACUUGUAUGAAGUAUCACUGCACGUCUGAGCUCUUCCCCUGCUCGUUCUGUCAGUUCUCCUUCACUAUGAAGAGUUACCUGGUCAAACACAUGAAGAGGCACCACCCUGUGGAGUAUCUGUCACACUGCGAUUCAGACAGCCUCAUGGAUCAGCUGGAGGAAGAGGAGGGGGAAAAGGAGUAUGUUUGCCCCCAUUGUGGGAAGAGCUGUGCAAGCGCCAAAGCUUUCAAAUCUCACACCUGCUUCCAGCAGAUGAAGGUUUUGUACUUGUGCACCGACUGUGGAAAAGGGUUCACAAACCACUACGGUCUGAAGCAGCAUCAGCGCAUUCACACAGGGGAGAAGCCAUACAGCUGCCCCCACUGCAGCAAAAGCUUCUCAUACACCGGCCAGCUCAACGUGCAUCUCAGGACUCACACCGGAGAGAAGCCGUACCUGUGCACCCACUGCGGGGAGAGCUUCAGGCAGUCUGGAGACCUGAAGCGACACGAGAGGAAGCACACGGGGGUGAGGCCCUACAGCUGCCCCGAAUGUCGUAAAAGCUUCAGCCGCCCGCAGAGUCUCAAAGCUCAUCAAAUGCUUCACCUGGGACAGAGGAUGUUCAAAUGCACCCAGUGCGGAAAGAGCUUUUCAAGAAACUACCAUCUCAGGAGACACCAUCAGAAGAUGCACUUGUAAUCACAUCAUAUUGUUGGGACUCACUGGAGGUACUGUAGAUGAGUACGUAACAUUAUUUAAGCUUAUCGUUAAGUUUAAAGAUAAAGCAUUUCAUAUCCCAAAAAAUUGGAUUUUUCUGUUUAAAAUUCUUUUUUUUUUUUUGCCUGUUAAGUGACAGAGGUAAGUCCGAAUAGAAACAAUCUUUCAGUGGAUUUUCUGCAGUUAACAAAUGUAAAAGAAGACACACAAUCAUAGAAACACAACCGUAUUGUUUCAGUGUCAGCUCGCUU